AUGGAAGUUAUGAAACUAUCUGAUAAUGAUCCAUUUGACUCUGCUGCAUUGGAUAAUUUGAUUCAAGCACAGAAUGAGCAUGCUAGUAGAGAAGUGAAUUUUAAUACACUAAUGAGACAGAAGUCAAGAGCUAAGUGGGUAAAAGAUGGAGCAUCAAAACAGAGUGUCAAUAUUAAAGAAGAAUUACUAGAAGUGGUUCCUCAAAUGAUUAAUGAAGAAGAUCAAAGAAGAUUGGAUGCCAUUCCUAGUGCAGAAGAAAUUAAAAAAACAGUAUUUGACAUGGAUCCUGAAAGUUCUCCAGGGCCAAAUGGAUUCUCUGGAAUUUUUUACAGAAGUUGCUGGGAGAUAAUACAAGAUGACUUGAUAGCUGCAAUCCAAUUUUGUUGGAGGAGGAGAUUCAUUCCUAAAGAUAUGAAUUCUAGUUUCUUAGUACUGUUACCAAAAACACAAGGAGCAAGAACUGCAAACCAAUUUAGGCCUAUAGGAUUGAUUAAUAUAGUAUUUAAAAUGUUUACUAAGAUUAUUACUACAAGAAUGAGUAUCCUUAUGAUGAAGUUAAUAUCUCCACAAGAAUCAACCUAUAUUAAAGGAAGAAGCAUACAAGAACAAGCACUUCUUGCAUCUGAAUUGGUGCGUGAAAUAAAGGUAAAGAGAAUAGGAGGAAAUGUAGGUCUCAAAUUGGAUAUCUCUCAAGCCUAUGACUCUGUCAGUUAG